GUGAGUUUUGGUCUCGUGGAAUACGCGAACCGCGAAAUUUCGAGGCGGACGUCGAUCUCUGUGACUGACGCUCGUCCUCCGCCCAAAACCACUCUAAAACCCUAAAUCGGCACGAGGAAGACAGAAAGGAAUCAAGAAUCGCUCAACAUUUCAUGGCGGUCACCAGCAGUAGCAGUACAGCUUCCGAAGGAAUUCAAGGAACAAAAUCCUCAGCUACACUUAUAUUAACAAACUCGACGCACAAUCAGUUCUUUGUUUGGAGAGAGUUCUUAUGGGGAGCCCUUGCUGGUGGCUUUGGGGAAGGGAUGAUGCACCCAAUUGAUACAGUAAAAACCCGAAUCCAAAGUCAAGCCAUUUUUACUCAAAGCCAGAAGCAAAAGAGUAUAUUACAGAUGGUCAGAGCUGUCUGGGGUGCUGAUGGUUUGAGAGGUUUCUAUAGAGGAGUUGUACCUGGGGUAACUGGAUCUCUUGCAACCGGUGCAACUUACUUUGGCGUUAUAGAAUCAACCAAAAAGUGGAUUGAAGAAACACAUCCAAAUCUUGGAGGUCACUGGGCCCAUUUCAUUGCUGGUGCUUUAGGAGACACACUUGGCUCUUUUGUAUAUGUCCCAUGCGAGGUGAUUAAGCAACGCAUGCAGGUUCAAGGAACAAGGAAAUACUGGAAUUCAGUUGUCUUGAAAGACGCUGCACGUUCGAACUCCAAUGCCAGCAUGUAUGGUUACUAUUCAGGGAUGUUUCAAGCAGGUUGUUCGAUUUGGAAAGAUCAAGGACCAAAGGGACUAUAUGCAGGCUAUUGGUCUACACUUGCAAGGGAUGUUCCAUUCGCUGGUUUAAUGGUUACAUUUUAUGAGGCGUUGAAAGAAUUAACAGAAUAUGGGAAACAAAAGUGGUUCCCUAAUUCAAGUUUCCGUGUCAAUAGUUCUUUUGAGGGGCUUGUAUUGGGAGGAAUAGCUGGGGGUGCUAGUGCAUACCUUACAACUCCUUUGGAUGUAAUCAAGACAAGAUUACAAGUACAAGGCACAAUUGUAAGGUACAAUGGUUGGUUGGAUGCAUUUAGUCGAAUAUGGCUGAUUGAAGGUCCAAAGGGACUGUUUAGAGGAAGCAUCCCAAGAGUGAUAUGGUAUGUUCCAGCUUCUGCUCUUACAUUCAUGGCUGUUGAGUUCCUGAGAGACCAUUUCAACACCCCCACCCAUAAACUCAAAGAACUCACUAGCUUAUCAAUAGACAACAAGAAGACUCCCUUUCAACAACAGAGUUAGAUUUGCCAUCUUAUAAGCUGCUGGAUUUAUAGAGUUGUUUCAUACUUAAAAAACUUGUUCAACCAAACCAAGUGCAUUCUUUUUCCAAGGGAAAAAGGAUUCUGCGUAAAAAUGAAUCUGAGCAUCGUCAUUGUGCAUUUAGAAAGAAAGUUCUGAACCGGAGAUUUGUACUUAUGCUUAUCCAUGUGACUUGCACGAUUUUGGUGAAUAGAAACAGGUUUCUUGCCUGAAUAUGAAGUU